GAUUAAGUGGACGAUUUAUCAUAACAGCUCUUCCUACCAUCUAUCACUGUAAAGAUGGAGAGUUCAGGAGAUACCAGGGUGCAAGAACUAAAACUGAUUUCAUAAAUUUCAUCAGUGACCAGGAAUGGAAAUCUAUUGAACCGGUUUCAUCAUGGUUUGGUCCUUCCUCUUUCCUGAUGAGCAGUAUGUCAGCUUUGUUUCAGUUGUCAAUGUGGAUCAGGCAUUGCCAUGGUUAUUUAACAGAAAAUGUUGGAAUACCAGUUUGGGGCUCAUAUGCUCUUUUUGGUUUGGCGACUCUAUUCUCGGGACUGAUACUGGGACUU